AUGCCGCCGAAGAAGAAUAAUGUCGUGAAUGACAACUCCGUUGACGAGCGAUCUCAGAGAAUCGACGACCGUUUUCACGGAAUUGAUGAACGAUUUACGGAUCUCUCGACGGGAAUCAAUGAAUUACAACUGACAACCAUGAUGGACGAGAUGCAUCGAAAUCGCGACGUGGGUGGCCUGGCACUCGCGAGGGGCAACGCGGUGGUCGGAGAGGUCGGGGUUUUAGCGGGGCUCCCCGCCGACGAUCGCCACCACCACCGCCGACCAGGAUGGCGUGACGAGGCUUCUGGCCACCACGCGAGAGGUCCAUGGCCAGCUGGAGUGGAGAUGGAGGUCGACGGGUUUUUUCGUCGAGGGUUGCCUAUGUCCGACGAUGACGGGUUUGAGGAAGAUGGAGGUGAUCGACAUUGGGGUCACGGGCCUAGGGCAGCAUCAGGGUUCCACCAGCACGGUCAUUUCGGUUAUGCCGAUGGGGCAGACGACACUUGGCAGCAGCGGAGUGAGGGUCAGCGCCCGAUAGAAGGUGGCGAGGACUCGCGUUGGGAGUCAGGGUUUCGGGUUGACAUCCCGGAAUUUCAUGUGGAAUCGGUGUUGGCAUUUAAGGCGGUCCCAGAAGAUAAGCGUGUUGCAUUCAUCACUACUCGCUUUCGUGGUCGAGCUGCGACUUGGUGGAUGCAUAUUACGAGCAUGCGGCAUCGUCAAGGGAAAUCUCCGACUAUUUCAUGGAUGAAAUUCCGACCAUCUACCGGUGGGAUACAACAACAAGGCCGCUUUUUACCGUCUUCGGGUACCGGAGCUAGCCAACCGACGGCAGCCGGGCGAUUUCCGGUGGUUGGGACCGGACCACAGCGGCAGCCGGGGAUAGGUGGGCCGCCGCCAGCGGCGACGGGGCAGCGUAUGGGUGGAGGUCUGUGGUGUUUUGGUUGCGGUGAGCUCGGACACCGCCAAUCGGCCUGUCCACAGGGCUCGACCUCUUGUGGGUUAUUUAUUGAGGAUGGUGGAGAACAAGAGGUGUCGGCAGAUUACGAGGGUCCACCUGUUUUUGAUGUUGAGCCCGGUUUGAGCGAAGAACAUCAUAGGGGGGAUAUGGGCUCGGCACUGGUCCUUCGUAGGGUGUGUUUGACACCCCGUUCUCCCGAUGAUGAGCCUGUUGAACGUCAUCAAAUUUUCGAGUCCACUUGCACCAUUGACAACAAGGUAUGCCGCUUUAUUAUUGACUCUGGUCCGUCUGAAAAUGUUAUAUCACAGGAGACGGUGGACAAAUUGAGACUUUCGAGCGAGCCACAUCCUAACCUAUACAAGUUGGUCUGGAUUCACCGUGACCGUGCGAUUACUGUUAACCGACGGGCUCUUGUCUCAUUAUCCAUUGGGGUGACGUACUGGGACCAAGUGUGGUGCAAUGUAGUGCCUAUGGAUGCAUGCCACUUGUUGCUCGGCAGACCAUGGCAGUAUGACAUAGCUGCUACUCUCGACUGCAGACGUAACACUUACAGCUUCACUUUCGCCGGUGUUCGGAUUACUUCGCAUCCGAGUCCUCUACAUCCUUCACCACCCUCUAGUUCUUCAACUGUCCUUUUUCUUUAUCGGGCAGCCUUUGAGAGCGAGAUGCAUGCGGCACCAUUUGUUCUUUUGGUGACUGGGUCAGACACUAAUGGAGACCAGGAAAUGGCCGUGGCUAUUCAGUCUUUGCUUUCAGAGUUUGCUGAUGUUUUUCCUUUGGAGCUUCCUUCCAGGUUACCACCACUUCGGGAUAUUCAACAUCAGAUUGACCUGAUUCCGGGGGCUUCGUUGCCGAACCGUCCCCACUACUGA